AUGGACGGAGAACCACCUCAGGAAGAAGAUUUCUCUCAAAUCCCUCUUGUGGAGAGGAGUCAGCAUAAGAACUGGAAAGCUAGAUUAUCAGCUUAUACUGAUGUCAUAGCGAAAUCAGCUAAAACAGCUUCCGAUACUGAUCCUUUCUUCAGACCUUUCCUAGCGGAUGGUGGUCUACUGAAGAAGUGGUGUUUAGAUUCCAAUGUAGUAGCCCAAGAGAAAGGGAUAGAAGCUGUAUUAUCGAUCGUACAGUAUAGCGGAGAGACAAGUGCAAAGAUACGGCCGGAUGUCGUCCCUGCCAUAGUCGACAAGGCAUUGGGGUCUGCCCGAGCGGGCACGAAGAAGAAGGGAAUAGACCUAUGUGCUAUGUUUGUUGAAGUUGAGAACGGUGGAGAGGGAGUGAUAGAGGACGUCAUGGUCGGUCUGAAUGCCAAAUUACCAAAAGCUGUUGCUGGUUCAGUGACAUGCAUAAGGGAGAUAAUAGAAGCAUUCGGUACACAGACGUUAGGUAAUAUCAAACCACUCCUCAAAUCGCUAUCUAAGAUAUUCGGACAUUCAGAUAAGAACGUACGAGCCGAAGGAACGUCACUCACAUUGGUAUUAUACACAUAUCUUGGACCGGCUUUACUCCCAGCUUUAGCGGAUCUCAAACCAGUUCAAAUGACCGAGUUGCAGAAAUCGUUUGAUUCAAUGGAUGCAGAUGGCAAAGGAGCGGGGACAGGUAAACCCACAAGGUAUACUAGGAAGGUUCAAAGGGAUCGAGAAGUUGCUGAGGCCUCUGGUGGAAAUGAUGAAGAAGCUGGAGAAGGUGAAGAAGAAGUCGCGGCACCUCCUAUAGAUCCGAAAUCGCUCUUGGAUCCAGUCAAUGUUCUGGCUUUGUUCCCUUCCGAUCUAAUGGAUAGAUUAGCUUCAACAAAAUGGAAAGAUCGUCUGGAGUCUCUUGAAGAAUGCACCAAAGUUCUGGUCCAACCUCAAAAUGCCAGCAUAUCAGAUUCAAACGUGGAUUCGUAUGGUCCCCUAGCCCAGAUAUUGGGUACGAAAUGCAAAUCCGAUGCGAAUGUAAAUGUGGUGAUAGAAGCUUCAAAAGUGAUUGAAGGUAUCGCUCGAGGAAUGGGAAAACCUUUUGGUCGAUUUAGGAGUGUUAUCAUGCCUGGUGUGAUGGAUAGACUGAAAGAGAGGAAAGCGAAUGUGACGGAUGCUUUGGGUAAAGCGUUAGAUGCUAUCUUUUCAACCACGUCAUUCUCAGAUAUAGUUGAAGAUGUUCUCAAUAAUCUGAAAUCGAAAAAUCCACAGGUGAAAGAAGGUACAUUGAAGUUCCUCCUUCGUUCACUUCAGACGACAACAGAAGCACCGGGUAAAGACCAGAUUAAACCCAUUGCGGAAACAUUAGUAGCGUUGUUGGGAGAUGGUGCAGAACCGGUACGGACCAAUGCAGCAGAAUGCUUAGGUACCAUGAUGAAGAUACUGGGAGAAAGAGUGUUUAACCCUUUCAUUGAGGGUGUAGGAGAAUUACAGAUGGCCAAAGUGAAAGAUGCUUUCGGAAGAGCGGAGAUCAAAUACAGAGCUGGAGGUGCUGCUAAGCCUACAGCUAAGGCACCUGGUACUGCCAAGCCUCCGGCAACGGUCAAAAAGGGACCUCCCAAACCUGUGGCUUCUGGAUCACCUCCCAUCAAAUCAUCCGGAAAGUUCAAUACAGAUGAAUUGCUGGAUGAUUUCUCUGCUCCUCCUGCGAGAGCACCACCUGCUCGAUUCGCUAAACCUGGAGCCGCAAAACCCGCACCAUCAGCGCCUGUACCACCUUCUUCACCCAAACCACCAUCAACAUCCACCAUUAAGCGACCACCACCAUCAGCUGCCGCAGGACCAUCGAAACCUGCCGCGAAACCUUCUGUCAAGCCCGCACCAACAGCAUCUUCUAAAGCUGGUCCUUCGAAGACCUUGGCUACAUCACCCUCUGAACCUGUCAGAUACCGUUAUUCGCCUGAGGAAGCCGCUGCUAUAGCAUCAGAUGUCAUACCGUCUGAUUAUCAUACCAAAUUGGCGGAUGGAGCUUGGAAGGUUAGAUUGGAAGCUGCUGAAGAGAUGGUUAAAUGGGUUGGCGAAGAGGACGGCGGAGAGAAGGUGGAUAGCGAAGUGAUGAUGAGGUUCUUGGGUAAGACGCCUGGUUGGGGUGAAAAGAAUUUCCAGGUCUCAGGAAAGCUGUAUCAGGUCAUGGGACUGAUGGCUGAGAAAUCACCAUCUUUCGGAAAACCCGCUGCUGCUUUGGUAAUCGGACACUUGACGGACAAAUUGGGUGAUAUGAAACUGAAGAAACCUGCUGGAGAUACCUUGACCACGUUUGCCGAAAAGACUUCCUUAGCUUUUGUACUUGCUCAAGGGUACGAACCUAUGACGAAGCAGAAAGCUCCUAAAGCUCAGGCUGACGCAUUGACAUGGAUCAAGCAGCAAUUGAUCGAUUUUGGAAUUGCCGGAAUACCUUUAAGGGAUUUGAUCGGAUUCGUAAAGAAUGCUCUUGGAUCUCCUAAUGCGUUGGUGAGGAAAAGUGCAACUGAGGUUUUGGUCACAAUCAGAAUAGCAGUAGGAGCAGAUAUAUCCGGAUUCUUGGAAGACUUGAAUCCGCAGUUAUUGAACACUAUAAAUUCGGAAUUCGACAAAGUAUCUUCGUCGACGCCGCCCGAACCAAGCAAGAGUCAAGCCGAUCUACAGGAAUCGUCUCAGUCUGCUGCUGGCGGAGCAGGCAAAGGAGGCAGAGGUGGAGCCGAUCCAUUGGACGAUUUGAUACCCAGACAAGAUCUCGAUAAGCUGGUGGCUUCUACUUCGGUAAUACAGGACUCGAAGAGCGAUGCCUGGAAGACCAGGAAGGAAGCUUUCGAAGCUCUCAAUGCAGUGUUGGAGAUCAAGAGUAAUAAUAGGUUAAAACCGAAUAUGGGCGAAAUUGGCGGAGUACUCAAAAAAGCAAUGGCGGAUACCAACUUAUCGGUUAAGAUGCUAGCGCUUGGCGUUAUCUCCAAGGUCGCUACCGGUAUGGGUCAACCCUUUGAAAAAUACCUCAAAUUGCUAGUAGCACCCGUUGCUAGUGUUUGUGCAGAUCAGAAGGCACCCACUCGAGCGGCAGCCUUGGCUACUUUGACUGCUAUGGCCGAUGCUACUGGAGGAUUAGAUCAUAUGUACACUGGUCUCGGAGCGAGUUUAGAAUCUACCAACCCGGUUCUUAGAGCCACAGUGCUCGGAUGGCUUGCUGCCCGUGUCAAAGAAGAACCGCCUUCCCCCAACGCUGACCUGUCACCACUCGCGGGUCCAAUCAUCACUUGUCUCGAAGAUCGAAAUGGAGAUGUCAGAAAGGGAGCCACUGCAGUCCUACCGUUCGUUGUUGCCAGCGCAGGAUUCGACUAUGUCAUGGACCAAACAUCAAAACUUAAACCUGCUUCCAAAGCUACUAUCGUCCCGCUCAUCAACAACGCUCGAUCGAACGCCCCUACAUCCUCCUCAGCACCUGCCAGUAAAGGCCCUGCACCUAGCGCGGCUUCCUCAAGGGGAGUGGCUACUCCAGCCGCAUCAAGAGUAGCCAAAUCUUCAGCAGGUCUACGUUCGGCACCUGGAUCUCCUGCUCCUUCAACUGUCCCUUCCCUGCCGAAACCUUCAGCUGUUCCCGCUCGGUCCAUGGCUAUGAAAGCUUUAUCGUCCGUUCCUUCUUCCAGGCCUAUGUCAUCACUCUCCCAAGGUGAUGAUAGACCUUCCGGUCUACCAAAAUCUCGUAUGGCUUUGCCUCGACCUGCAUCCUCUGCUUCCCACACGCCAUCAAUAGCAUCUUCUACUCCACCUAACGCCAAAACCACCCCUUUCUUACACAACGAUUCUGCUCCCCGUACAACUCGUCUGAAGAGAGACGCUACCAGGUGGGUCUUGGAUCCUUCGCCCAAAGCGUCAUCCGAUCUCAGUGAAUAUCUUCAGCAUCAAAUGGAACCUCAGAUAUCACCUGAAUUGUUCUCCCUGCUGUUCAGUAAAGAUCACAGAGCAGAAGAAGAUUACAUGGCGGGUUUAUCGAUAAUAUCCGAUUUCUACGAUGUCACAGCUGCUUCGACCUUCAAUUUAGAAGAAGAUGAAUUACAAGGUAUACAGUUAGCAAAUGUUGAUCUGGCAUUGAAGUAUGCUGCACUGAAGUUAUUGGGAAAUAACACGCAGUUGGCGAAUCGAUGUUUAGAAUCAAUGAGCAAUAUAGUAGAGUUGAUGCCUAGGUAUAAUGAGAGGUUCUCUGACGCAGAGGCAAAAUUAUUCGUACCUGCUCUUGUAUUUAAGCUUGGAGAUGCCAAAUUCGGACCUAAACUCGCACCGAUAUUUGAAUCACUCGAUAAAGUCAUUGCUGGAUCUCAGGUCGUGGCAUUACUAGUACAAUAUGGUUUGGAAGAUAAAUCCGCGGGUAAAACGUGCAAGAAUGAAUCGCUCGCACUCAUUGAAAAGGCCUAUAAGAAACGAGGAUCGAUCUUGAGAACGAGGGAAGACAGAGGAUUCUACGAGACUAUCGCCAGGUGUAUAAGUGAUAGUGGAACGAGGAAUGCUGCUUUGAGCGUGAUGGCUUUGCUACAGCUGCAAGGUGAAUCGAAGAGUCUGGCAGUAGUUGUCGAUUCGAUGCCUCAAUCGUCAAAGGACAUGCUCGCCAAUCGAAGGUCGACGAUGGCCGCUAGUCGAUCUGGUAUUCCAAACCCUCUUGUGGCCAAAGUAUCAUCAGACUCGAUACCGGAAGGUUCACCCCGAUUGAAACGUCCUACCGGCCUUGCGACUCCUUGUGUAAAUCAGCUACCUCGGGAAACCGCCGCUGAUUCACCAAGAGCAACCGUAUCACCCGCUUCGAGAUUACCUAGGUCUGCCACCGGUUCUCCAUCUCACCAUCGGACUAUCCCCACUCCCUCUGGGAUGCCGAGACCAGGCGGUAUUCCACCACGUGCGCAGAUACCGUCAGCAGCGACAUCUCGACUGGCGAGACCAGCAGGCGAUGUGUUUGGAGCUCCCAACGGUCGAUCUGCAGCAUUGCAACCUUUGGCUAGACCACCCCCACCUCGGUCCAGUGGACCGGACGUCAUCAAAGCCAUCAACGAAAUACGGCAUGAUGAUCUCGAUAGAUGCGUUGACGCCUUGAAGAUCAUACAGCAUAUGUUAACUACGACACCCGAACUGUUCAUCGACAACGUCGAAACUCUUUCGGAUACAUUGAUGGACGAGAUGGAAUUUGCGUUCACACCACCUGAGAACCUUCACGAACCUAAGUACUUCAGAGUGGUCAAGCAUCUCAUCCAGAGUUUCUCGGGCUUAUCAUCCAACCAAGAUCUAAUGAAGAGAUUAUCUUACAGUCAACUAUACAGCGUAUUGAACUGUUUAUCACUACGGUUAGUCCAGGCUGAUAAAUUAGGAGGAAACAUUCAGGACAUGUCAAGAUUCUUCAACUUGGUCUUAGUCCAAUGUCUAUCUACCCCUGAUAGACUAUUGGUAUUCAAAGUGAUGUUUAAAUUACUCUUAGAUCUCACGCAGGACUUCUCAACAGAAAGGAUCAAACCUGAUAACGAACGUGCCAAUCACCCUGAUUUGGUGAUCAAAUGUUUAUGGAAGAGAUGUAAGAUCCUAGAUGAUGAUUUCAGGUCAAACAGAUUGAAACCUGGUCCAUUGCUUGCUGUGUUGGAAGAGUUUCUUCAAGGUGUUGGACCAUCGGAAUAUAGGAGACGAGCCGCUGAGGGGAUCGCUUUGGGUGAUAUGCCGCUGAGAACUGUUAAGACGAUCAUACAGAAGAUGCUUGUAUACACCCAAGAAGCUGGAUUGGAAGUGUAUGAUAUACUUCUCAACCAAUUUGGAGAUGAGGCCGCUUCGACUAUCGUAUACACCUAUGUUUUCAGAUUAGCCGGAAGAGAGAGUGCCAAACCAGUGAAAACACCUUUAGUGCCUGUAUCUGAACAUGAUCGACCUACCUCAGCUGCCAGUCAUAACACGGCUACUUCCUUACGCUCAGAACGACCUGUCUCGUCUUCUACCACGCCAACUCUGGAAAGUGCUCCUGCGGUGGAGCGGGAAGAGACCGAAGCUGAGAGGUUGGUGAAAAAUUUGAGGAGUGAGAAUCAGGCCAAGAGCUUGGACGGUCUAUACGCUUUCAUCAAAUCUCGACCUGAUGCAGAGGACGAGGUCAAUGCUGCUAUCGCUGCUCACCUUACUCCCACUUUCCAAACAUACGUGAGGAGGAUGAUCGAGCAGAGGAAGAACAAUGAUAAUCCUUCCCCAGCACGUGGAGGAGUGACCUCCCCUAUUCGAUCACCUUCCCGACCCGAAUCGAUGCCACCUUCCCUCAAACCUCUAUCCAACUCUCAUGCACCACCGCGUCCCCGUCAAUCGAUUGGUGGACCCAGACCCUCAAGUCUAGCUAUCAAUGUCGAUAAGAACUUACCUUUAGAUGAUCAAUUAGCGCAAUAUAAGAACCUGUUUAGAAAUCAAGCUUCGUUGAAUCAUUCGAAUUCAGAUAGUCGUGAUGGAAGUGCUAGCCCGCCGCCUGCAGAUGGAAUAGGGAAAGAGAACAAAGUUUUGGAUGAGAUACAGAUACAGCCGAGGGAUGGGAAUGAUGUGACAAGAGCUCCGAGAGCUAGUGAUGUAGAUUAG